CAAGCGCGUGCUCCGUCUCCUAAGAUCAGAACAUGCACCGAUUUGGCCUUCCUUGUAUUCUUUUUCGUUUACUGGUGUGGAAUGAUACUCGUUGCGUUCAUUUCCAUAUCGGCCGGAAACGUUUGGAGUCUGGUGUACGGCACGGAUUACUUCGGAAACCUAUGUGGCAGAAACAACGCUAAAGUCCAGGACGCCGUCUACACGGACAUCGAUUUGAGUUCCAAGCCGUACUUGUUCGCACUGAACGCCUUUCACCCUGCCGAAGCGAUGUGGAUAUGCGUCGAAAAGUGCCCGUCUACGUGGCUGCCGACUCCGAACGCCAUUCAGUCCUUUGCACAGUCGAACGGUUCCAAACUUUGCCACUAUAGUGUGCCCAUCGAGGCGUACAAUUCUUGGAUGUCAUAUUCGAACAGCUCUUUUGGUCCUUGUCCCGUUUUACCGGUUUUUAAGAGAAACUUCAUCCCGUCUUUUAAACGAGCGAUAAGGGCGACGUUUACGUUCAGCUCGUGGCCAUUUUCUGGCCAGCCACUAAUGCGCCGUUGUGUGCCAUCGGAAAUUCCGCUGUCCAGCAACCUAGUUUUGGCCAUCUACGAAGAAUUUUUUGGUGUUAUAAACGGCGCCAGCUUGCUCUCGCAAAUUUUCGGCGACGUGAUCCCUACUUUGCAGAAUGUCGUAUUUUUGUGCUGUUUCAGUUUUGUCAUUUCGUUUAUGUUGUUUGUGGUUAUCGGCUUAGGGACAAAAGCUGCCCUGUACGUUGUUUUUGCCAUUACCCUCAUUCUAAGCUUGGCUGCGACAGCCGAGUUUGGCCUGGAGCAUCGGCAGAUGAAGCGCUCGCUCGACCAUGAAACUGACAUGAGUAAUGGAAGCCAAAUUCUAGCAGUUGAAGCUUUGCACGAACACGGUCUUUUGAUAUGUUUUUAUGGGUGCAUUGGAAUAACGGGCAUUUUGUUGCUGUGUGCGUUGCUGUUCGUUUUGGCGCCGUUGAACCUGUUGUCAGAGAUCUUCGUAUUUUCAAGAAGGCUGCUGCGGUAUCUGCCAUUCGUCGUAUUCCAAGGGAUAAUAACGGGCUUGGCGCUGGCGUUCGUGGUCAUCUACGGCGUGUUCAUCCUGCUGGAGAUUUCAUCGAUUGAUCCUUUCGAAGAAGCACUUCUUUCACCGUUUCAUUUCAAUCUUUACGGCUUGACGGUCGCGCUGAAGCCAGCAGUGCUUUGGUGGUACCAUUUUUUCGGCGUGCUCUGGACCGUCGAAUUCAUUUUCGCCCUGCAACAUAUGAUGUACAGUUACAGGUUAUCGCAGUGGUACUUCUGUAGGAUUCUUCAAAUCGGUGAAGCAGUUUCGCCCCUUCAGCAGUACUUGAUGAGUUUUGCCGUUGUAGCCAAGUAUCAUCUGGGAUCCGUGGUCCUCGGUUCGUUGUCUCUGACAUGUACCAAAGUGCCACGGAUCGUUCUGAUCACUGUACCUCGGCUACUUGCUUGUUGGUCUUUCAUCACCUUUGGAAAGUUUCGCGACUUUUGCAGCCGACUUGCAGUUUUUUCAGACAACCUGUUUCGCUUCUUCAAUCCAAAUGCUUACUUGGUCACGGCUAUGAACGGCAAAAGUUUUUUCCAGGCUUCUCUACAGAGCUAUGAAAUCACGUUGCCCCAUGCUGCAGAAUAUUCCGUGGUCUCUUCAUUGGUGAGUACAAUGCUGGUGUUUGGAAAAAUCGCCGCUGCGCUACUUAGUACUCUUCUGGCAUGUUUGAUAUUUAAGCAUGACAACAGUCUGCACUGUUACGUCCCGUCGCUGAUUCUAACCGCUUUAGUGACGUACUGGAUUACCAGGUGUUUUCUAUCCGUGUACGAGACGCUGAUCGAUUCCAUUUUCAUAUGCUACCUGGAAAGCAAGCGAAUUGAAACAGCCAUCGCAGACGGCGUCCCACCAGCUUUUUUCAAACAACUCCAAAAUCUAAUGAAACAAAGUCUCAAAGAACCGUCACGCGGUUGCAACAGUUCGGUCGAGGACGAGGGCAAAGGACGCAUUUCAUCGGUGUAG